CCAACAUGUGCCAGUUCUGGACCAGACGAUAUUCUCCUUAGAGGAACAACGAUACAGGAUGUUCAAGAAGAUCGUCUUUCUCUUUUCCUUAACGGCUGUAAUUGCCGCUCUGCCGGACACCGAACUUGUGCAAGUCCACACAAUAUUUCGUCAUGGAGAGAGGACGACGUACAAAUUCUAUCCGAAUGAUCCGAACAUUAACGACACCUUCUAUCCCGUGGGAAUGGGAGGCUUGACGAAUAACGGUAAAAUGGGAGAAUACAAAUUGGGACAGUUUCUGAGGAAAAUGUACAAUGAUUUCCUUGGGGAACAUUACGUCGAUGGUAUUCUAGAAGCCAGGAGCACAUUCACAGCGAGGACUCUGAUGAGUGCCCAAUUAGUACUAGCCGGUCUAUUUCCACCAGAAAAAACGCAACUUUGGAAUAAGGAUUUGCCUUGGCAACCAAUCCCAGUUUUCAGCAGAUUGAAAUCUGAGGAAGACCUAAUGCAUCCAGACAAUUGCGAACUUAAGAAGAUGAUCAUGCAGAAUCUACCAAAUCGUCCAGAGAUUCAAAACGUCUUCAUUAAACCUCACAAGAAACUCUUCGAAUUCAUCGAGCGCAAUUCGGGAAUGCCGAUUCGCAAUCUGGAAGAUCUCAUCGAGUUCUAUUUCAUCGUCAACACAGAAGAUGAUUUGAAACUGCCGAUGCCUGAAUGGGUUGGCCAAGUUUACCCAGAACCAUUGUACAGCACCGCAGCCCUUCAAUACAGCUACGCCAACGCUAAUUUAGACCUUAAACGCAUCAACGCCGGGUAUUUGCUGAAGAAGAUCCUCGACGACUCCAAAGAAAAAAUUGCUAACGAGUCCAGUAACAAGAAUGUUAAGAUGUACUUAUACUCAGGACACGAAUCCACCAUCGGCUUCAUGUUGUACUCCUUAAAAGUCCUGAAAACGCAUAUUCCGCCUUAUGGAAGCGCAAUUAUUUUCGAGCUCCGAAAGGAUAGCGCAGAUAACUAUUACAUUCAGAUGAGGUAUAGGAAUAAGACCGAUGCAACCGUCGCUCAAGAUUUGGUGAUUCCGGGUUGUGCAAGUCUUUGUCCGAUCGAUCAAUUCAUUGACCUGCAGAAGGCCUUGCUUCCAGUUGUCAGUAUUGCCGAGGCCUGCGAGAUUACGCAAGCAGAUGCCGCUAUUUAUUUAUGAACCAUAUAAAAUCUCACCCGUAAAUCACUCAUUUUCUUACAAUCAUCGUAAAAAAUUAUAUUUAUUCAUUAGUUAA